CAGCGAUAUGAACGGUAAUAUGUUGUGUUUCAGACUGGAGCACGUGUCAGCUGAGUCCCAACGCCGUGUGUGGGAGCGGCAUCAAGACCCGGAUGCUCGACUGCGUCCGCAGCGACGGCAAAUCGGUCGAUCUCAAAUUCUGCUAUGAGCUGAAUUUGGAGAAGAAGUGGCAGAUGAACAUCUCCUGCGUGGUCGAGUGUCCCGUCAACUGUCAGAUGUCGGAGUGGUCGCCGUGGUCGGACUGCUCUCAGACGUGCGGACUAGACGGCAAGAUGUGGCGGCGGCGCUCCGUGGUCCGGGCCUUCCAGGGCGACGGGCGGCCCUGCCCCUCUCAGACGGAGCAGUGGAAGCCCUGCCCCGUCCGACCCUGCUACCGCUGGCAGUACGGCGAGUGGUCCGAGUGCCGGGUGGAGAGCGUGGUGUGUGGAGACGGCGAGCGCUACAGAAACCUGUCCUGCUUUGUGUCGGACGGCUCCGGCGACGCGGUCGGCAGCUCGGUGGACGAGGAGCUGUGCGGCGGCCUGGAGCCGGCCGUCGACGGGGACAAGCGGAUCAGCCUGAAGGAGGCCUGCACCCUCCCCUGUCCAGGUAACGGAGGAGGCCUUGUUACCGUAGUUACAGCGCUUUCGCAGCCUGUUACUAUUGAUACAUUCUCUGACUACUAAACACCAUUUUCCAGAGGAGCGAUGGACACCUGAGCGCCACGUGUAUUUAAGAAAAGUGAAAUCUCAAUUUAGCGACAGUGUAAAGAUAUUUUGCAUUGAAGACCUGCUAGCGGGGUUCAAAGGUCACUUAGCACCUGUAAGACUUUCGUUAUAGGUUGGGUUUUAUUAUGUCCAACCAAUGUCACUCAGUAUCUGUUCAUGACCUUUAAAAGCAGAGAUGGGAAAAUAACUGGAGGCAGAAUAAAUGGACUACAUUGAUGCAGACGCUGUUUUAUGCAAGUUCAAUUUCCGGCUGGUUACUGUAUAUAUCUUGACUUCCAAAGCAGUCAGCCUGCAUUGUGCUCAAAAUACUUCCAGUUGUUCCCAUUUCUCCCAGAUUACUAGAUGUCGCUCCGUUCAUCUCAUGAAGGAUCUGAGAUACCAAUCGUCUCACAUUAAGAAAAUGAUUAUCUCCAUUGUUAAAACAUCGCCUGAGUAUUUCUUUUAUUUAUUAUUUAUGCCCAGUUUCUGAAAAAAAAACAAAGGUGAUUUUUCACUCCAAGGUCCAAUUAUAUUAAAUUUAAUGAUGCAUAAAUGAUUGCAUCAUUAAAUUUAAGGCAAAUGUAUCAUUAGAAUGUCUGUACAAUGUGCAUCGUUAAAAUCAAAUAAAUAU